AAGUGACUGAAAGAGACGUUGCCGGGCCACCCAGCUGAUCGUGUCAACAAACUUGGCGCCCAAAUCAGUCUCCAUUGACUGACUGUGAAGGAAAAACCGAUAUUUUUCCGUGAUUUUUUCUUGCCAUGGAGCUGGUGCUGCCUUCAGGAAAGCGCAGUUAUGAUAAAGAGAAUAGCAAUAAUAAUAUGAAGUGCACAAGGUGGAGUUUGGGUGGUGAUGUUGGCACCAAUCCUCCACUCCUUGCAGACAUGGGACUUUCAAUCCUACAGGAUGAAGAGGCUGCUGGGGUACCCACACCUACUCCCCCAACAACAGAAGUUAAUGUAGACAACCCACCUCCACCUCCAAAGGUAUUACAGCAGUCUAACCAGAAUAUAAUAAGCAAUGGGUCCUUUUUUUCGGAUGAUUCUGUAAAUGAAGAAGAAUUUUUUGUGUAUAAACGUAGAAGACUAGAUGCUAUUGCUGGGGGUGAUAAAUUUAAUCGCAUGUCUGAUGAGUUGAUAUUAGCAGUUUUUCGUUGGCUUCCAAAAUUCAUGUUAGCUAGAUGUGCUCAAGUAAGCAGACGUUGGAAGAGACUAGCUUUUGAUGAGACACUGUGGCGAAGACUUGAUCUUGGAGGCAAGACACUUAAACCAGGAGUUGUGGGUCGAGUCAUUCUCAGAGGGUCAAAUAUUCUUAGACUUGCAAAGGCUGAGGUGGGCAACCCAAUCUUUUCACCACAAUUGCACUACUUGCCGAGCAUUCCACCAAUAAGAAGCAAGCUACAAUAUCUUGACCUUAGUAUGGCAGCCAUUGAGCCACAAGCACUCGAAGAGUUGCUGAGUGUGUGUUUUGAUCUCAAGAAACUCAGCUUGGAACACUGCACUCUAACUCAGUCAGUCUGUUCACACAUUGCUAACAAUUCAAACUUGGAGACACUAAAUCUUGCAAUGUGUUAUGGAUUGUGUCAUUCGUACCUAGUUAACAUUCUCAAUCAUUGUAAAAGGCUACAAAGUUUGAAUUUGGCUUGGACAGCACUAAGUGCUGGAGAUUUAGGUGUGAUUUGUCGUCGUUUCCCAGCUUCUUUAGAACGACUUAACAUAUCUGGGUGCAGAAAUACACUAUCAGAUGCACAUGUACGAUUGCUGGCAGAGCAGGCCCCUGGGCUGGUAGAAUUGGAUGUAAGUGAUGGAACUCAAUUAACUGCUUCUGCUGUCUCAAUCAUCAUCAGUGAAUUGCGUCAUGUUGAAUACUUGGCAUUUUCCAGAUGCUACACUAUACAUCCAGAUGCUUACCUUGAAUUAAAGUCAAUGCCACAUUUAUUAUACCUGGAUGUAUAUGGUAUCCUCAGUGAGAAUGCUCUGAGCACUCUACGACUUAGUCUUCCGCACAUCAACAUCAACAAGUACUUAUUUUCUUCAGUUGCUAGGCCCACCGUUGGAAUCCGUAGAACGUCUGUGUGGGGACUGAGAGUGAGAGAUUAAGUUAUUACUGUUGAAGACAGGAUAAUUGUAAUCACCCAGACAGUUCCAUUUUCUGACACUACUUUCCAGUGACAAAUCACAUGACACUUGUCUGCCAGCUCAUCUCAACCCCUCUUCAUUAUAGGAUUACAUAUAGCAAUAAAUUAAAAUGUUAUCCCACCCUUCAGAAACAUGGUUGUGAAAGAACAUAUCAGUUUUUGAUUAAAUAUUUAAAAAACUUAAUGCCUACACAGUGUCAGUGGUAUUUUAUUGCAUCAAGAAUUAUUUGCAGAACGGUUGGAAUAUUAUCGGCAGUACAAUUCUGUAUAGAUUUAUACACGAGGUGAAAUUACACAUCAAAUUAUUCUGGUAUUUUAUUGCAUCAAGAAUUAUUUACAGAAUGAUUAGAAUAUUAAUUAUUAGCAGUACAAUUCUGUAUAGAUUUAUACACAAGAUGAAAUUACACAUCAAGGCAUAAUGUGGUGGAAUAUUGUUAAGACCCAAGUGGUAACUAAAUAUGUUAUAUGCCUUGUGUGUCAUGAGGCUUUUGAACAUUUAGAAUUUUUUGGGGGUAAAAAAAAAUUUUUUUUGUGACUUUCAUAGGGAUGAGGAAUAUGAUUUACGUAAUUCAAUUGAGAGCUAGCUUGAGGGUAUUGUUUUUUUUUUUUGUGUGUGUAAUUGGACUUUUGACUUUGUUAGUUUAUUAACAAAAGUGAUAACUUUAUCACAGUGCAUGCUGAUGAGUUGUAAAGAAUGUGUUGUAUUGAAAAUUUAAUUUGAUAAACUUAAUUUACUGUGAAGUUACAAAAUUUAAAAAUGUUUCCUUGUCUGGCCUUUGCUUAUUUCAUUAAAAUUUUCAUUACUUUGCCAGGCCACGGCUAAGUUGGUGGCAUGUUAAUCUAAGUUUUAUAGCUAAACGAUUAAUGCAUUUUUUAAAUGUUAAAUAAUGUCGAUUGUUUACUUCCAAGAAGUAUUCUAUGGUUCAGUAACUGCAAAGACUAAUAAAAGCAUCUUGAAAAUGCAAAUUAGUAUUUCUCAAGUAUUUUACAAAACAUACUUGAGGAAAUCAGUAUGAAUGUAAAAUACUGUGAUAAAUUUUUAAUAAUGUAUUCAUCAAAAUAAAUUUGUGGCAUAUCACAAUGUUUAGACAUCGAUGUUGUAAAUACUUUUGGAAGGUAAUUACUGCAUAAAUAAUUGCAUCUUUCAAUCUGCAAAUCAUUGAGGAUUUAAAAUUAUAAUUUGUCAACACCUUAGCCUACCAUUCAUCACUCCUUUAUAUUUUCCCUGAAAAUCGUGUAAUUGUAUUUAUUUGGUUCAUGUGUACAUAAUAGUUCUGUCAUUUACAUUGCCCUUGAAUGGAUUUAUUUGUGUGAAAUGUAAGUCAUUCUUGAGUUGCUCAAUGCAUUAGUUAAGAUUAAAUUUACAGAUAAUUGUGGUGUGUGAUAAAAAGAAUUCUGGAAUUCCUUCUAAGUAAAAUUAAGUCACAAUUCCUUGAUUGGAGCAAUUAACUACAACACUCAGAAUUUUGAUAUGAAACUAGACAAUGUUUAGUGUCUUGGACAAAUGUCCAAGACGCGACUUGAUAGUCAUUUAGGAUAGACCGAAGUGUCUAAAGUUUCAUCUCCAAAUUGUUGGUUUUGAAUCUUAAGUUUUCACUACUGCAUAUAACCCUUUUUAUUCCUAUAAUCAGAGUUGGAAAAUUUGUAGCAUUCCCAAAUAUAAUUGAUACUAUCUUCAUAUUGCAAGUUUUUGGAGAUACUUUCAUGAUGGUUGGGAUGUAAUGGACAGUAACUAAACUGUAUGUGCAGAACUGUCAGUGGGUUGUCUAGAAGGAAAGAAUGACAAGCUAAAAACGAAUGUUGUGGAUUUCAUAGUGAAGUGGAAGAAGUAUCAGUGCAGUUAGUGUGGUCACGUUGAAGACUUAGAGGAACAGAAAAUACUCCAUUUACUGAUCUUGUAAUAAUGCCUUUGUGGACCAACCAAACCAAUUCCUUAAUUAUAUAUAAAAAAAAAAUAUGCAAUUAUUUUUAUACAAUUACUGUAUUUAAUUACCACUGUUUAUUUAGAAUGUUUAAAAAAAAAAACCAUAUUGCAGAAUAUAUGAAUUGUUUUCAGGGCUAACAUUUUGAUUUUAGAAAUUGCAUCCAUUGCAAUUAACAGAAAUUUUGAAUAAAAGUUUACUGAACCAUA